AUGUCAGACGACCCAAUCCUCGCUAAAGAGGUGGAGGCCGUUCUCAAAUCUCGAGCAGCCAGUCAAGACAAACCUUCUGAUAGCGACCUACUACCCGUAUACCGUUAUUUGGUUCCUUCGCCAUCCGAACCGUCGACGUCCUCCUCUUCCACCGCAGCCGUGAAGCAAGAAACUCAUUGGUACUGUGAAAAGGCAAACUCAGAUCUACAUCGGGAAGCCGCUACCUAUCUCAUUUUCUUAUUUGCAUUUCAGCGUCAAGGUACUUCAAAAGCAUGGGUGGAUCGAUUAGAGGAGAUAUUACUGGCAUGUGAAGGAUGUGCGAGAGGAUUUGGAGGUGCUAGGCGAAAACUUGGAUCAAGGUAUUUAUCUAACUGGCCGGCACAUGUCCGCAUCAACUUCUUCGCUGCUGUCGACCGUUGGCAGUCAAAUUUGAUACUGAAUCAGGUGGAGAAUUCGGUCAAGACGGCGUACGGGUCCUCCUCCUCCUCAUCGCCUUCGCUAUAUGCAAUCAGCCGACCUGUCGUUCAACUUCUUUUCGGCGAACCUUCCUUGCUUAGCGAUCCAAGUAUAUCAACUCUGAUCGACGAAGCAGUUUCUUCCAGUACAGUAUCAUCGGCUGUUACAAGUCUUGGUAUCUCACCUCUUCUGAUACGGCUCCUCAGCUCCACUAUGCCUGCCAGACGACAAUGGGCUCAACUACACCUCUCUUCCGCUGCUCGACGACCGAUAUCUUUCAAAGAGUGGUGUAUCACCGGUAUAGGACAAGAGAUUCAAGACUUGUACAACUCAGCGUUGGAGAUCGACGAAAAGGACAGAUGGGUAGCCGUGAACAAUAUUAUGAAGGAAGGAGUACUUGACAGGGAGGCCAUAGAGAAGGGACUGCUCGGCGGUCAACUCGAAGAAGCGUCAAAAAGCAGGACUGGUAGAGGACUGAUGGCUGCUAUCGGUGCGCUGUUGGGGAGUGAUAUACCCUAUUAUUCCAAGGUUCUUUCCUGUUUCACUACGCUCGUCCAGAGAUGUCCCAAUAGACAUAUCUGGUCUUUCGAUUCGUCUCCCGAACUUCCCCAUACUCUUCUUUCCGAAAUCCGGUCUAAUCCGGCCUUUCAAACUCUGCUCGAACAAACAUAUAGUGAUGAAAUUGAGACCAUGGACAUCUCAGAUGUUGAUGGUAUAGUCCGCUCAGACAAAGGGAAAGGGAAAAAGAAGGAGAAUGAUGGUCCUCUAGAUUGGAUCAGUGAUCUCGUGGUGUCCCUGCUCGACAUGGAAAAAGCGAGUGUAGUGAUCACGAAAGAUGUCAAGAUGAGAGGAGGAUUUUUCGAAGCGCUGGCCGUGACUAUGAACUUCACUUUCCAAGAAAUGCAACAUAUUCGACUAUCAGACCGAUUGAGAGCUGUAGCAGCGUCAGCUGGAAUGGAGGCUUUGAUCAGAGUGCAUCAAGCCCUUCCUCCCGACGAUAGAUCUCUUCGAACACUGCUGGAUUCGACGCUCGACCUUCAUUCGACCUUCAUUACUACCGUAGCUCUUCGGCCUCGAAACCAUCCUCUUCCUAUCUGGUCGGACGCUCGUACCUCCGCCCGCAAUCUCUUGAUGACUUUUUUCCGGUCCGAUGGCGAAUCUGCUAUCCAAAGCGUCGUGGCGAUGGCCACUGUCUCGCAUACUGAGAAGAAGCGCCAACAAAAGAAGAAACGAAAUAAAGGCGAAGCGCCUCCUGCUAUCUUUAUCGAACGUCUCCCCCAUGCUAGUAUUAAGAAAGAAUUGUGGUCCAUGGCCUAUGAGUCUCUGUUACCAAGUGACGUCGCCGGAGCGGCUCUUUUGAUUCAAUCAAUAGCGCCAUUCGCAUAUCUGGAACUCAUCAACAGGCAAACCUCCUGGAAGUACGAAGGACUGGAAGAGGUGGUCAAAAAGGAGGAGUGGGUUGAUACGAUACGUUCCGUCAACUCAGCCAUCAAAGGCAGCCGAGAGUCUUUUCCGCGCGCUAUCGAAUCGCUAGCUAUGCGGGCGGAUCCCGAUGUUGUUCGUUCUUUGUGGACUCAACCAGGCGUACCGAAAGCUGUCACUACUCUUCUUCUAUCCCCUGACGAUGACGUUCACACUCCGAUCAUUACGCUUAUCCAACAAUCCUUUGACGACGUAGAUGAUCGAGGGGAUUGUUUUCGCGCUCUAUUACAGCAUUACCCUGACAUGGCGAUGGACGGAUUGACCGAUUUCUUACGCAUAUUCAUUCAGACAGCUAGUGUCACUCCCGAAUCUUGUUCUCUGGCGAAAUGGCUCGUACGAUGUUUCCACGAUGUUCUCGAAGCUCUUUGUCAAGGAUCCGCAUCAUCGGAGGCGCUUCUCCAAACUAGCGAAUUCCUCACUUCUUUCUCUGAAGGAAAGGGCAUGUCAAAACGUAUAGAAGAGCUGUGGCACCUGAUGACUACUUCACUUGCUCUCAUCUUCAAACGGACACUAGAUUGGGCUCCACUGUUCGAAAACGAAGUCAUGGUAGACUGGAUGCGAGAUGCCCUCAUUUUCGGUCGACAAAUGACAGACCAUAUCCGCGCUUUUGAGGCGGCCGUUCUUGGUCAAUUCGGAACUAGCACCUUCAACGAUGUAGCGGAAUCGCCAGUCAAAGUUACAUCCGUAGGGAAGAAAAUGACUAGGCAGCUGGAAAUGGUUUUGACAGAUUUGAUACUCUGGAUGAGACUCACGGACGUCGAAACCCUUUUCCAAACGCACCAGCUUGUCAAAACUAUUCUCGGUCGCAUCUCCCGCUCCACCCCUGAUCUGACCAAAAACCCAAAUCUCGAGCGAACUCUGCAGGAAAUCGACAAAUUCUGUCGUAAAGCUUCACGAAGCUAUACCAGUCGACUUACCGAUGAUCGUCUUUCUGAAUUAUCCGAGCUGCUUGUGCCUUUCAACCUCGCUGACACGGAUGAAGUUCAAUUCGUCAAACAAGUUCCAGGUUCUGGUACUCCUGAACCAGCAUCGGAAUCAGCAAAAUCCAGGACCAAGCCGGUCAUGCGUAAUGCGUUCGAAGAAAUGAUGAAGGCAUCUGGCAAGACUCCUCCGGCGAAAGAAAAGCCCAAAUCUUCUGUCCUAGCGCCUAAGAGUAGUGAUGUCGAUGACUUUGAUGAUGACUUCCUUAGCGCUCUCUCAGCUAGUGACCUGGAUAUUAUCGAAAGACGUGCCAAAAUCACUGCCAAGGAUGGCAAACCUACUACCGUGAGAAGUACUGUCCCCUCGAAAUUGGUGACUUCUACCAGAUCUCAACCACCUUCUAACAGGCUUCAUGUGAAUCUCACACAUAAGCCCGCUCCGAAGCCAGCCACUGCAACACAUUUUACUUCUAAAUUCAUGAAGGAUCUCAAGAGGGAACAUAAUCAAACGCUUUCGGAGAGAAAGAGAACCGAGAUUGGUGGCAUCGUACCCAAACUGCCCGCUCCUUCGGCUCUGGGGACUGGUCUUGGCGCUUACACCGGGUCACGAGCGAAAGUGGUUGAACCAGUUGAUAGCGGAUCAAGUGCUUCGGAAUCUUCCGAUGAAGAAAAAGGUGCUAUGAGGAACUUGUUGGCUAAGCAGAAAUCACCGCCUAAAGCUCGACCAAUUGAAAAACGGUCGAUCAAGAUACUAGGUGCCGAUACAUCGGAGAUUCUUCGAAGAAAUGAGCAACGCCGAGCAAACGCUCACGCCAUCAAAAUGCGACUGAAGCCUGACCUAAAUCCCUUGUAUCGAUAUGUCCUUUCCUGGAAUCCAGAUCAUACCGGUUCACUUGCGCCUCACGGUGCUAAAUAUGCCAAUGAGUUGUCAAAUAUGAGGGGUGUACCAACCACCUUCGGCAGUGCUAGACAGUAUGAACAAGUUAUGCUUCCUCUUUUCUUACAGGAACUAUGGUCACAGUGCGGCAAAGAAGGCUCAAACGGGAACGGAUCGAUAAUUCCCGUGGAAAUCUCCUCGAGGCAGUAUGAAGACGAUUUCAUCGAGAUUGACGUGACAGUCGUUGGACCCGCAGGGGAUUUCUAUGCGAACGAGACGGAUGUCGUCACUCUUCGACAACCCGGAAACUCGAAUUGUUUGUUUGCAAAAGUUCAGGCAUAUAAGAGGAAGCCCAAAGAAAUUGCUAUCAAAGUGAGAAUCCUGGCUAGUAUGGAUCAAAAGGAACUGGGUGGAAGAUCUAAAUGGCACUUGAGAAAGCAUCUAUCCCUAAGCACUGCUAUCAGAGAGUUCGCUGCUCUCAAAGGUCUCCCUUACUACGAACCAACGCUUCUACAGGAUGCGCUCACUGGUCGAAGUGCUACAAUGCCGAAAUUGGCUUUGGACGACAUUGAAGACGCUAUAAAAUCGUAUGAAGUCAAUGAACCGCAAGCCAAAGCAAUCUUAGGCGCUAUGCAUGUCAAAGGUUUUGCAUUAAUCCAGGGACCUCCUGGUACCGGUAAAACCAAAACCAUUAGCGGCUUGGUAGGAAAAUGGAUGUCGGAACGUAGAACACCCAUGUCAAUCGAUGGUCGACCACCUCCGAAACCCAAGCUCCUAGUGUGUGCACCCAGUAAUGCAGCUAUAGAUGAGGUCUGUAAGCGACUCAUCCUCGGUGUGCCAAGCUCCAGUGGAGUUCGUCUUAGCCCGACCAUCGUACGUAUAGGAAUCGACUCAUCGGUCAACGUUGCAGUGAAGGAUGUCUCCCUCGACAGUCUGGUCGAAGCCAGAGUCAACUCGCAAACUAACGGGAAAGAUGGUGGAGGGGAAUAUGCAAGAGUUCAAUCGGAAUUAGAUGCGGUCAAACAACAAAUCAAGGAUAAACAAGAGCAAUUGCGGUUGGUCCAAAAUCAUGACGAGAAACGUAAGAGUGUGGAAAAUGAGUAUCAUGCUUUGGUAACGAGGAGAACUCAACUCGGUCAAGCGGCAUCGAGGGCUAAAGACGCAGCUAGAGAUGCAACAAGACACCUUGAUGGAGCUAGACGUGCAGCCAAAGAGCAAAUACUGAAUGAAGCGGAUAUCAUUUGUGCGACUCUUUCUGGUGCUGGACAGGAUACUCUUGCGGCGCAUACAUUCGAAACUGUUAUCAUUGAUGAGGCUGCUCAAGCUAUAGAAAUGAGUUGCUUGAUCCCCCUCAAAUACGGCUGUAAAAGGUGUAUCAUGGUCGGAGAUCCUAACCAAUUGCCGCCCACCACGUUCAGCAUAGAAGCUGACAAGUAUCACUAUAACGAAUCGUUAUUCGUGCGAAUGACCAAGCAUAAUUCUUCGCAGGUCUCUUUGUUGAGUAUUCAAUACCGAAUGCACCCUUUCAUAUCCGAAUUGCCUUCGAAAGUAUUCUAUCAUGGUCAACUGAAGGAUGGACCCGAUAUGGCUAAGAAGACAUCGGCUUUAUGGCAUCAACGGAAUGUCUUUGGACCGUAUAGAUUUUUCAACGUUGAAGGUACAGAGAUGAAAGCUGGAACGUCAACCAAAAAUCCUGAGGAAGCUCUUGCAGCCGUAGAGCUGUAUCGUCGCUUGAACGCUGAUUUUGGCAUGAAGAUCAAUUUAGCUAUGAGAAUAGGUGUCAUCUCGAUGUAUAAGGAGCAAUUAUGGGAAUUGAAAAGGAAAUUCACGGAAGCGUUUGGUGCUGCCAUAUUAGAAACCAUUGACUUCAACACAGUCGACGGCUUUCAGGGUCAAGAGAAGGAUGUCAUUAUUCUUUCUUGUGUCAGAUCAGGUCCUAACCUUCGUCAGAUUGGUUUCUUGAGAGAUGUCAGACGUAUGAAUGUGGCCCUGACUCGAGCCAAAAGCUCAUUGUUCGUCUUUGGAAAUGGUCCCACACUGGAAAGAAGUGAUGAUAGGUGGAAGAUUAUCAUUGGUGAUGCCAGAGAACGAGGAUUCUUCAUCAAUUACACCUCUUCUACCUUUGGGCCAGAAGCUCUCGAUCCUCCUCCCGUGAAGAAAAAGAAGAAGGAGCGGUUGUCCGAUACUACUUCCAAGUCGACGACUACCCCAACAUCACCAGACGGCCUCCUACCUCCUAAAGCUCUCGCUGCGAAUAUCUCUUCCGUGAAGCGAAAAUCUAGCGUUGACAUAGCCAAAAAAGAGAAGAAACGAAUCGUCUCUGACUUUCCCGCCUCCAAUUCAGAGGUGUCUUCAAUCAGAAAAGCCAUUCCUAUAGGCCCUCGAGCAGCAAAGGUCAUAUCUGUUAGUACGCCGAUUGCGAAGGCUACCGAGAACAGCAACUCGGCCGUUCCGUCACCCACUACUGCGCUUCUCCAAGUUUCCACUGGUCUUCCUCCUCCUGUCUCUCGCCCUCCACAACCCAAGGGCCCGCCACCACCCGCCCCUCCGCAGAGGCCCCCAGAAGAUGUUCUCUUCAUCAAGAAGAAAAAGAAACCAAACAAAUCAGCCGCAGGCUCAACCUCUGUCCCAAACGUGCGCGCAGCCAUGAAUGAUCGCUUUGGUGGUCAACCUUGA